AUACAUACAAACAUACUUACCUGCAACAACAACACAUAUAAACACAGUGGCUAGCUAGGCCAAUUACCUUUGGUGGCAAGCCAAAAGUAAGUAUCCAUCCCCUUCCCCUUUUCCUCCCCCACCCCCCCACCAAGAACCUUCAUAGUACUGCUACCACUCAUCACAUCUCCUAGCCAGGCACUUCCCCCUCCUCUCUCCCCCCCCUCUUCAUCCUUGCUCUUCCUCUUCCUCCCCAUCCCUCUCUCCUUUGAUUUGAGCCCUGAAUAAGUCCCAUACCACAACAAGCUAGCUAGCUAGCUUGCACACGAACCCUUGCUUAUUCCUCAUCACAAUUAUUCAUCCCUGGCUAGGUAAUUCAAUUCACCAGUAGCCCCAACAAGCUAAGCCAAGAACAAACCAAGAACCAAACCCUGCAGUUCUAAAUUAUUUCCCAAUCCUAAGCCGUCCACUAAUAUAUAACGAUCCCCAAAGACCUACACCAACUAUAGUAAUAGCACACCACUGUUUGCCAUCCAGCAGCAUACCAUAAGCACAUAGUAUACUACUGGUCAAAGUUCAAGGCAGCUGGCCGGGCAGGAGACAUCGUCUAUCGGCGCCUACCUACCUCCACGCCUCGAUCGAUCUCGAUCGCUAGCUGGAGGCGAUGGAGUUCACCGCCGGCCCGACCCGGUCGGGCGGCGGCGGUGGCGAGGAGCGGGCGGAGCAGGCGGCGGCGGUGGAGAAGGAGCACAUGUUCGACAAGGUGGUGACGCCGAGCGACGUGGGGAAGCUCAACCGGCUGGUGAUCCCGAAGCAGCACGCGGAGAAGUACUUCCCCCUGGACGCGGCGGCGAACGAGAAGGGCCUCCUGCUCAGCUUCGAGGACCGCACGGGCAAGCCCUGGCGCUUCCGCUACUCCUACUGGAACAGCAGCCAGAGCUACGUCAUGACCAAGGGGUGGAGCCGCUUCGUCAAGGAGAAGCGCCUCGACGCCGGGGACACCGUCUCCUUCGGCCGCGGCGUCGGGGAGGCGGCGCGGGGCAGGCUCUUCAUCGACUGGCGCCGGCGACCCGACCCGCCCCUGCAGUACCACCGCCUCCCGCUCCCCUCCAUCCCCUACGCGCCGUGGGCGCACGCGCAGUACCCUGCCGCGCUCGGUGCCAGGACGACGGUGCUCCACCUGCCGCCCUCGCCCUCCUCGCUCUACGACUACGACUCCCACCGCCGGCACGUCGGGUACGACGCCUACGGGGCCGGCAGCAGGCAGCUGCUCUUCUACCGGCCGCACCACCAGCAGCAUCCGCAGGCCACGACGAUGGUGCUGGACUCCGUGCCGGUACGGAUACCGACAACGCCAGGGCAGCACGCGGAGCCGCCGCCUCCCGUGGCGUCAUCGGCCUCGAAGCGGGUGCGGCUGUUCGGGGUGAACCUCGACUGCGCCGGCUCCGAGGAGGAGAGCGGCGGCGGGAGGACGGCGCCGCCGACGACGCAGACCCUGCCGCUGCAGCUGCCGUCGCCGCCGUCAUCGUCGUCCUCCUCCUCCGGGAAAGCGAGGUGCUCCUUGAAUCUUGACUUGUGAAGGCGGAUAUGAUGGAGGUCGUGGUCGUACGAUCUACCGCUACAGCAGCUACUACUUCCCGACCACUUCUGGCACAAAUGCUCGUCGUGGAGAGGAUCGAGAUCCAAGUAAACAAAGGCGGCGGUGGCCGGCCGGUGCAAGGAAUUGGAUCGGAGGAGCAGGGACGGAGCACCCAGCAGGCCAGCUACAAUCUUCGUAACCCGUAUAUAGCUCAUCUCUCUUAAUUUUCUCUAGCAAUUUCAGCGUGAGGGGAAACAAGAAAAUUAAGAACAAAGCAGCAACAAAAAAUUAUUUCUUGGUGGUUAAUUUCUUGCUUCGAUCGA